CAAGGGCCAUCUCUCAAUUUGAAACAAGGCUGAGUCCAUAUUUAAUUUAUCAGUCAAAUAAUCACAAGUAAGGUGGUAAGAUUAAAAAUCUAAUUUACAAACUAUUUAAACACCUAAUUAAAACCCAACAAUAAAAUCUGCACAACUGUCUUCUCUAAAAUUACAGCGCAUGCAAAACUGUGAUUUUCUGUCUUAAAAAUUGGAUAUUUUGAUAUUUAGUGAAAGUCAAAUCCCAUUGCCUAAUAAAAAGGAAAAAAGAGAAAAAAAUAGGGAUUUUCACUCCCUUAAUUAAAUUAAUAUAAUUAAGGAGGAUAAGUAUUCCCAUUAACCCCAAAAAGAAACACAUUGCUUUACAGACUGUUUCAUAGCUUUCUUCUCCCCCACCCCCUCUGUGUGUCUGUAUCUAUAUAUAUAUAUAUAGAGAGAGAGAGACGAUUCCUCGUACAAUAAAUACUUUUUUAUAUGAACGUUAAUCAAUAAACCAUCAUUCUCUCCUUUCAGAAAACCCUAAUCUCUAUUCAGAUAUUUUUCAGUCUAGACGUGUAUGAUGUCGGGGACGUGGAGCAAGUUGAAGAAAUCGCUGUCGCUAAAAUCCUCCGGCGCGUCUGCGUCGUCCUCACAGCUUCCGCCGCGUGAUCCGAUUCAAUCGGAUUCUCGAUCGGCGGUGCCUCGUUCCCCUUCCUCCUCCACCACCUCAUCGGCCUCCUUGUCAUCCCGCUUGUCCCGCACGCUCAGCUCCGGCGGACGUUUUUCCCAGAAGAUUUGUGCCAUUUGCCUCAAGAAUGUUCGAAGUGGGCAGGGACAAGCCAUCUUCACUGCCGAGUGCUCACAUACUUUCCAUUUCAGCUGCAUUGCCAAGAGUGUCAACCAUGGCAACCACCUCUGCCCCAUUUGCCGCUCCAAAUGGAAGGAGAUCCCUUUCCAACUGCCAGCUCUCAGUUCCCACGACCACGACAACGACCCCAUUCAUUGGACUCGAGUCCCCCUCAUUCCGGCCCCACUUAAUCCGCCUCCCUCCGAUCCCUUUUGCUACUCCGACGAUGAGUCAAUUGAUUCCCCCGUAGAUUCAACGUUGCCUGCUUCAUCUGCUCCCUCAGUUAACGUUUCCAUUAAGGCCUUGCCAGAAUUUCCCGCCGUUGCUGCUGCAGAUUCCGUUUCUGACUUUGCUGUUCUAGUUGGUUUACGUGCACCAACUGUCAAUGGUCAACAAGUUGACCGUGCGCCUAUUGACCUUGUCACGAUUCUUGAUGUCAGUGGCAGUAUGAACGGCUCGAAGCUAUUCCUUCUCAAGCGUGCUGUCUGUUUCGUCAUCGAAAAUUUGGGCCCCGCUGACAGGCUGUCAGUUGUCGCUUUCUCCACGUCAGCAAACAGAGUAUUCCCUUUACGUAAAAUGACCGAACAAGGGCGUGAAGAAGCUACAGCUGCUGUUAACUCACUCCUUGCAUCUGGUGGUACUAAUAUCGGGGAGGGGAUUAGAAUGGGGAAAAGGGUUCUCGAAGAGAGACGUCGGAAAAAUCCGGUGACUAGCAUUAUUCUGUUAUCUGAUGGGAAAGAUACGUAUAACUGCGAGAGUGUAUACCGUGUUUCCGCAAGCCCCGCACUUGUAUGGGAUUAUACCUCGAAUUCAAGUACCAACCGGCCUCGUGUUUUCCCAAUCCAUACAUUUGGAUUUGGUGGGGACCACGACUCUGCUGUGAUGCACCGCAUAUCCGAUGCAUCGGGUGGAACCUUUUCCUUCAUCGAAUCAGUUGAAGCUGUGCAAGAUUCGUUUGCUAGGUGUAUUGGUGGUCUCCUCAGUGUUGUUGCACGUGACCUUCGCCUCACUAUUACAACAUCAACUGCCUCGAACAUUGGUUCGAUUUCUUCUGGGAGAUACGAAAAUGAAAUUUCUGACCAAGGAUUCCGAGGCGUGAUAAAUGUAGGAGACUUGUAUGCUGACGAGGACAAAGAUUUUCUCGUCCACCUGUCGGUUCCUACAUGGCCGAUCGCGGACGAAACAACAAGAACGCCACUUGUGGAUAUUGCAUGUUCUUACAAAGACACCGCAUCGGAAAAUGUGGUGGAGUUGGAAAUGGUGAGAGUUGAGAUAAAACGGCCUAGAAUCGUGUCUCAAGCGGAUUCAAUUGCCAGCCUGGAGGUGGACCGACAGAGGAACCGUUUGUGGAUUGUCGAAGGAAUUGCAAAGGCGAAAGAGAUGGCUGAAUCAGGGAAUCUUGAAGGGGCGAAGGCUUUGCUGACGGAGCGAAGAUCGACUCUUGUUUCCUCUGCAUCGGCUCAAGCUGGCGACGGCCUGUGCAGCUGGCUUGAAGCCGAGCUGGUGGAGAUCGGAGAGAGAAUGGCGAGCGUUGAGAUGUACGAGCGGAGUGGGCGUGCUUACAUGCUGUCGGGGCUGAGCUCGCAUUCUUGGCAGAGGGCCACCACUAGGGGUGACUCCUCCACCAAUUCUCAGCCAAUAAUGAAUGGUGGUGGAGCAUCGGCUGUUGGCUAUAAUACACCAUCUAUGGUGACCAUGGUUACUAGAUCACAAGAUCUCAGUGCUUGUUAUCAGAGAGACCAACAACGUGGGAGGAAGGUUUACCCUAAUCUGUGAUUGCUUUUUUUCAACUUGUUCUCAUAUGACUGUACUAGAUUUUGCAACUGAAUUUAGUACUCUGGAUUUGUUGGUUGUUUUUUUUUUUUUUUUUCUUUUUUUUUUGGGGAUUAUUCUUUUGAGAUUAUCAUUUAAUAUAUAGAUUGAUUCUUUAAUAGAUUGAUUAGUUCUUGCUUGUCAAUUUGUGUUGCUGUCUAUGUAUUUGCAAAAACUAAAAUCAAACAUUUAAAAAACAUGUUUUUAUA